GUCUCCAAAUAAUCACAAGUGCAUAGCUAUAACACUAACCUUUGCCAUGUCAUCCAGAUGGGAUUUAAAAUCAUUUCUAAGAUAGCAGUUGCUUUAAGCAUAGUUUUAGUAAUAGUAGUUCUACUGGAAUUUGCGUUGCUGAAUUUAUACGUAAAAGAAACAGAUGCGAACUUUCCCAAGGGAGCACACCCAGAAAGUACACCGGAAAAUAGUAUCGAUGGAGUUGUCAACCUUGUCACGAAAGACCCAAGGAAUAUCAUGGCAACUUCAUCACGAAAAGAAACAGGAGUCGAGUGGGACAAAGUCAAAACGGACGAGACAAAAAGAACAUUCACACCAAACCCUGUUGUUCACGUAAGUGCUGUGGUAUGUGGAGAGCGAUCAAUGGAAGCUGCAACGAUGCUCAAGUCCACAUCAUUGCUCACGAAUAGAACAGUUCAGUUUCACAUUGUUGCCGAGGAUCACCUUCAUGGUGAACUUAAAGACAUAUUCAGUGAAUGGCAGACUGUUCAAUCUGGACAAGUCAGGUUCAAACUGUACUCUUUGCACUUUCCUCCUGGAGAAAAUGCUGGGGAGUGGAAACGACUUUUCAAGCCAUGUGCAGCACAGAGACUUUUUCUUUUAGAUGUACUAGAUUCUGUUGACAGCAUUCUGUACUUGGACACAGAUGUUCUUUUGCUCAGACCAGUGGAAGAUCUUUGGAACCAUUUUAAACAUUUUGAUUCUGCGCAGCUUGCUUCCAUGGCACCUGAGCAUGAGGAGGCAGCACUGUCAUGGUAUCCGAGAUUUGCACGUCAUCCAUUUUUUGGAAAAACUGGAGUGAACUCUGGUGUAAUGCUCAUGAAUUUAACAAGAAUGCGAGCAUCUAAUUGGACAGAGAAAAUCCUUGAAGCAUACCAUAAAUACAAACUCAGCAUAACUUGGGGAGAUCAAGACUUGUUGAAUGUUGUUUUUCAUGAUAAUCCUGGGUUGUUGUACACUUACACUUGUGAGUGGAACUACCGUCCAGACCACUGUAUAUACGGAAAUAACUGUGGCCCUGCCAAGGACAAUGGCAUUUCAGUGAUCCACGGAAACAGAGGAGUAUACCACAACACCAAAGAGCCAUUCUUCAAAGCUAUCUACGCAACCAUUAGCAACUUUAAACCUGGUGAUGACAAGAAAUUACUAGCGAAGAGUUUGGAAGAAAAUCUCCAUGCUGUUUCUAACACCUAUUGUUUGUCUAUGGCUGCAAGUGUACUAAAGUAUCCAAAACUGUUUUCAGUAUAGACGAGUUUUUCUUUUUACUACAGUUCAAAACUGGUAUCACCUUUUAGCACAAAAUUCAUAGGCACACUUUUUUAAUUUCUAUCAGGGAAAUGGCUAUAAACGUUGGUAAUCAAACAAAACAACAGCACAUGUGGUACACAUUAUGGAUGUAACUAUUUGUAACUGAGAGAUUAAUUUCAUUGACUGAAAGAGGGCUGUCGCUAGCUCCAAUUUCACAAACUUGUGUUUUAGACAUAAACAGGGAAUAGGUGGGGGAGGCAAACACAUGAGGAAGACGGGGGCUGUCAUACCAUUCCCGCUUUUCCUUCCCCUAUCUCCCAUUUUACAUUUGCUAUGCAGGUUACAGUUUCCCUGAAAACAAAUACUUGUUAGUAAUUUUGAAGGUAUAAAAGGCCAGAAAAGCCAGCUGGGCUUGGUUAUGAGCCACUGUAAGUUAGGUUUCUCUCAGCUACAUUUCUGAUGGGGGGUACAUUUGUAUGUACAUGUCGGUAACAAUUUAUCAUCUUGAUGUAUACACAGGACAUGAUCAUUUUAGGCAACAGUUCUUUUAUUUGAAAGUGAAGAAUGAUCAUCGCAGUUAAUUUUCCAAUUUAAGCAAUCGGAAAGAAGAAGCCUGAAAA